GAGCUGUUUCAUCCUCUAAACUUCAGAAACUGUCCGUGUUUUUUAUCUCUCAAUAGCCUUCUCUCUCUCUCUCUCUCUCAGCAGAAAGUGUCCAGUACUAGUGCUGUAGUAGUGUCACUGUAUUAAUUAAUUUAUUGAUGUUAAUGAAAAAAUCAUUAAUAGUUUGACAUUUUGUUUACAUUUUUUAUCUGCAGUAGAUUCUGCAGCUGGUUUAGGUUCUACAAUCAUCUUCACGUUGUUGAGUCUCUUUAUUAGAAAGUAAAGCCAGUCAGUGUCUUGAUUAACUUCAGAGUAGAUCUAGAUAUAAAAGUUUUUACCUUUAGCAUCGCCUUACAAAUUGUAGCAAGUUCAGGAUCUAGUUAGGCUACAGUGAUCCUUGGGAUGGUAGAUACUGGAGAUGGGAAAAGAGUUACAGGAGCCUCCAUGUACCUCCUGUUGCAGUGAUAAUACUCCACCAAUAGCUCAUGAUAGUUCUGAUCCACCAGCCUACAGUACUUUGUUCCCUGGAAUAAAGGAUGUUAAGAAUCAAGUAGGGAGGGCCCAUCAACAGGUUAAGAAUCAAGCAGGGAGGGCCCGUCAACAGGUUAAGAAUCAAGUAGGGAGGGCUCGUCAACAGAAUGAAGGAAGAUCCGAAAAUGUUGCUGUACCUUCGACUCUCUUUAACAUCACCUGCAAAUCUGCAGAUUGUCUCUUAAUGAACAGCAAAAGCAAAAGGGAAUCAAUGUUUUUCUUUUCCUGUAUCUACCUUCUAUUGACAUUUAACAUUUCAAUGAUUGUCGUUGGUUCAGUUUAUACUAAUGAUUGCUCACUCAAUGAUCUUCUUCCAAUAUUCCUUAUUGUCUUUGGCUGCUUCAGUGUAGUAGAAAUAUGCUGUGCAAUAUCUAUUGUCACCUGCUAUCACGAGAAUGAAGAUGAAAGCAUUGCUAAGAAACUCUACUGGAAGACCAGCUUCUGUUUCCAACGUCUUAUUGUCAUAUUUCUCUUCAAUUGGUUUAUUGUUAAUAAUAUCUUUGUGUUUAAUUCCUGGGGUUACUGGGACAAUAGUGACAGUUGUGGAGAAUAUAAAUGCUGCAAUCCUGUACUGAUGUAUUUCUCCCUUGUUACCAUUAUUAUUAUAUAUGGUAUAGGUGCUGCUUGUUGUUGCUGCCUUUGCUGUUGGCCUCUGAUGACUCGAUGUCGUAAAAUGUCGCAAUGACAUUAAGGACAUGUGUGAUAUUUAUCUGUAUUAAUCACUAUAACAUGCAAUUUGAUGAUUAUCUAGCUUUAGUGUGGUAUCAUUGAUGUGAUGUUAUUUUGUCUUUGAUCAAUAAAAAUCAAAAAAAUAA